ACUGGUUACGUGGUUACCACGCGUUGUUCGUAUUGGGCUGAUCAUAAUCGCAUGUAUUCCCAUAUAAAACUCUUAGAACUAGACGUCGAAAACAUUUAAUAACGAAUAGUUUAUAAAAAUAUUGAAAUUUUUUUUUUAAUUUUAUCAAAGGCAUCACAAAACAAUAUAUAUUGGUAUCUCCUACUAUCAGUCCUGACAAGUGACAGAUUAAAAUAUAUGUUGGCAUUACAGAAAGUAUUCAUCUAUUCAUCUGUCACUGUCAUCUUUUCAUUCCUUUUUGUAAAAAAAUUGUCACGUUUUAGGUGAUAGUUUAUAGAAAUCAAGAAAAUAAACAAAAGUUAUCAAAAUGGGUCGAUAUGCACGUGAACCCGAAAAUGCUGCAAAAACCUGCAAAGCUAAAGGUUCAAACUUGAGAGUACAUUUUAAGAACACAUGUGAGACUGCAAAUGCAAUCAAAAAGAUGCCCCUCAAAAGAGCUGUAGCCUAUUUAAAGAAUGUAGUAAUCCAGAAGGAAUGUAUUCCAUUUAGAAGAUUCAAUGGUGGAGUUGGUAGGUGUUCUCAAGCUAAACAGUUUGGUACUACUCAAGGAAGGUGGCCCAAAAAAUCAGCAGAAUUUCUUUUACAACUCUUAAGAAAUGCUGAAAGCAAUGCUGAUUAUAGUGGACUUGAUGUAGAUAGACUAGUUAUAGAACAUAUUCAAGUAAACAGAGCUGCUAGUUUAAGACGUCGUACAUACAGAGCUCAUGGUAGGAUCAACCCUUACAUGUCUUCACCCUGCCACAUUGAAUUAUGGUUGACUGAAGGAGAAUCUACACCAGAAGCUCCCAAAAAGUCUUCCCAGAAGAAAUCGGCUCUUAAUAAAAUUAAGAAACCAAAAGCACCUCAAGCUGUAUCAAAUUAAACAGUUUGUUAUUUAAUUAAAAUAUAUUUUCUGUAUUCUGA